UGAAUGAUGAUGAAUUUUCUUGUGUUUAGGACUACUUGGUUACGUUCAGCAAACAAUUCCCGCCUCUAGGCGCCGACGUUCUAGCUUAUGGCUGGGCAGACGAGACCGUUCAUACACGGCUACUUGUCGUCAGUUGUACGUCAGGCGACACAAGUUGUACGUCAGGCAACAUCAGUGUGUUGAACAACAUCAGUUGUGCGUCAAGAAACAUCAGUUGUGCGUCAAGAAACAUCAGUUGUGCGUCAAGAAACAUCAGUUGUGCGUCAGAUUCAAGUUGUGCGUCAGGCUUACGCAUCAGCUUUCACAUUGUGGGUCAGAUAUCUGAUGAACAGAAGGAGAUAGCACAAAGUAACAAGUAUCCCUACGAAAGGUGUCGUCAGGAGGGAAUCAGUCAGUGUGGAAGGGGCCUCUUUUGCCUCGUACCUGGGCUUGCUAUGAGGCAGCUUUGCGUUUGUUCUAUACUAGGAAGGUGACUUUGGACGCCGAGUAUAUGAAUGUACCAAAAUAUAUCGAAGACCUAGCAGUUAAAAUAUUGAAUUCUCUGAACGGCUACAUAUCAAAUUACCAGCAAACAAAUAGCACAGAAACCACUCAGAAAACAAGUGAUGGGAAAGUUGAAGUUUCAAUUGUCCACAAUGCAACAGUCCCAAAAUUCAACAUGAAUCUAUCUCUGCCGAUUGGAAGCUUCCAUUUUAAAGAUGUGCCAGGAAUCGACAAGGAUAUCUACAACAUACAACUUGAUAAUACGCAUUUCUCCAAAGCAAUCCAGUUCUUUGAGUCUACUGCUCUUGUUCGUAGCUGUAUUGCGAAUGCCGAAUCAGUUUUGACUCCAGACAACGCUACAACUCAUCACACCUUCAAUUCAAGCUAUGAUCUGCUCACUUCAACGUUCGAUAGGAAAUUUGCUGUGCUGGCGAAAAAAUCUGCAGAUGGCAUGGCAGUGAAAGUCCUCGUUGGUAAUCUAAGCUUGGAAAUAACACCGACCUACACCGAAUUGAAUGGCAACCAAAUAGAAAAUCUUGAGAACGGCUUUGAAUUUCCCAAAGGAGAACCGUACUAUAUGUUCAGAAUAUGGAGAAACAGAGGUCAGGUGACAGUCUAUUCCAAGGUACUGCUGUUCUAUUUGAUCCAGUCUCCUGUCUCUAUCACACUUGAUAUGCCUGUCAUCUACUUGGGCCAAGUCCAAGGGCUUUGUGGCAAUCUCGACUGAAAAAUUAUCAACUAUUUCUAAAAAAAUCAUCAAGAUGAAUAUUUUAUCAGGAAAUAUAUAUGAUAUGGGAGGUAUUUUUAGAAAAAUUAUCAAGUAAUUCAUAAUUUUCAAUUCAUAGUUUUGGGUAAUAGCCUGUUUUUUCUUUCACAUUGUUUGUGCUAAAUUAAUAAAUAAUUCCUCCAACAAUUUGAUUACUGUACCUUAGUACCGUAUUGAUAAUAGAAAUAAAUGCUCAUCAGAUUAUUGUUUAUGUAAUUGUAGAAUCAUAGAGUAAAAAUACUUGUAUUAUUUGUCUGUGGGGUAAUUGAUCAGUAAGCAAUGCAUUCUAAAUCUGUUUUUCAAAAGUAGGUAGUUACAAGUAUGUCCACCUGAUGAACUUCCUAAUCGAGGGGGACUUCAUAGAUAAAUCGCCUCACAAUACAGUUCUCUAUUCAACUCAAUUACAGAUACAACUUGGAAUUGUGUUAAAUGUGAAAAAUUCCUCAAAUUUUUGCAUUGUGAGGGAUGACAAAGCUUUCUCAAUAAUAAUACAUUGGCAAUAUUUACUCCUAUUCUUG